AUGAGCCAGCAAUCUCAGGGCGGCUACCGAGCCUAUGGAGGGGACUCGAGGCUCGCCAAUGAGGCCCCGCAGAUUUACAGCGCCGUCUAUUCCGGUGUCGACGUCUACGAGAUGGAAGUUAAUGGUGUCGCCGUUAUGCGCAGGCGGCAAGACAGCUGGCUCAAUGCCACACAAAUCCUCAAAGUGGCCGGUGUCGACAAGGGAAAGCGCACAAAGAUACUCGAAAAGGAGAUCCAGACUGGCGAGCAUGAAAAGGUCCAGGGAGGAUACGGAAAAUAUCAGGGCACCUGGAUCAAGUUCGACCGAGGCGUCGAAGUCUGCCGUCAAUACGGCGUAGAGGAGGUCCUGCGCCCCUUGCUGACGUACGACAUGGGUCAGGAUGGAGGAGUGGCAGGCCGAGGAGACUUCAAUACCCCGACCAAGGAGCAGGCCAUGGCUGCGCAGAGGAAACGAAUGUACAAUGCCGGGAACGAGGCAAGGACGAAUGCCAUGGCCGGUCUCAACGGCACCUUUUUCAAAAAUAUUUCAACCACGGCGUCGCACGCUGUCGCUGCUAUCAGCAAGGCACGAUUCGACUCGCCUGGCCCGAGAAGCCGUAACGGACCAACCAAGGCGCCCAGCUUCAGCCGCCAGAGCUCUAUGCAAAAUGGCGAUGACUUCCCGGGCAACUCACAGCAAAGCUUCGCUUCCGACUACGGUAACCAGAACGACUCGGCCUAUUCGACCCAGCAAACAAGUCAGCAGUUCGAUGGCCCAGAGCCGCCUAGGAAGCGACAGCGGGUAACCAUGACACCGCAAGACAGCUUCGGAUACAACAACAACUCUAUGGAGAUGUACCAGAACCAGUUCCCCGGAUCGCCCACAGAACCCAACGAAUCCUUCAUCUACUCUCAAGCGAAUGCCCCGCCACACGACGGCCACAGCCCUCUGAGCCCUCUACCAUUCGAAAUGUCCCCUGAUGCGGAAGCGAAGCGUAGCAUGCUCAUGAGCCUCUUCAUGGACUCAGCAACCUCGGAUCAGUCAAAGCAUGAGAUGCUGCGGACAUUAGCCCCCAUUGAACUGGAUAUGCCUAUCGAUCAGCAAAGCCAUACUGCCCUACACUGGGCGGCUACGUUAUCACGUAUGUCUCUCUUGCGGGCGCUCAUUGCAGCAGGCGCCAAUCCUUUUCGAGUCAAUGCCUCUGGAGAGACCGCUCUGGUCAGGGCAUGUGUUGUGACAAACUCCAUGGACCUGGGACAGUUUCCCGAUCUCCUUGAUGUUCUCGGAAGCACUAUCGAGGUUCGCGACAGCAAGGGACGGACCGUUUUGCACCAUAUUGCCAUGACGAGCGCCGUAAAGGGCAGGAACGCGGCAAGCAGGUAUUACCUCGAAAGCCUCCUGGAAUGGGUCGUGCGACAGGGCAGCAAUCCCAACGGGCAACUCGCUGCCAAUGGAAAGGGAGAGAGCGCUCCAGCCAGCUCACAAUCUCAGCCAUCAUCACAGCCCAAAAUGGGUAUCGCUCGCUUCAUGUCGGAGAUUGUCAAUGCCCAAGACCAUGCCGGCGACACGGCCUUGAACAUCGCAGCACGGAUAGGCAACCGAAGCAUCAUCUCACAACUGCUAGAGGUCGGCGCUGACGGCGAAAUUGCCAACCGCGCUGGUCUGCGGCCCGUAGACUUCGGCAUUGGGGGUGAACCUGCGGACGAAGCUUCCAAGAUCAUCAACGGAACCAACGGCAACGCAACAAAUGGAGAUGUCGAGAAGAACGGACUCGUCAGCAGUGAACCAACAAAGGAAAGCAGUGAUGACAUUAUUUCAUCGAUUACACAUCUCCUUACCGAAGCAAGCUCGACUUUCCAAAGCGAAGUGAAGUCAAAACAGGCCGUCAUCGAGUCUCUCCACACCACCCUCCGCACAACAUCAGCCCAACUAGGCGAGGCCAAGAGAAACCUCGAAGCCAUGCAAGCAACUUUGCGCAAGCAGCAACUCGCGCGGCAAAAAGUUUCAAACCUGAGCCACGCCCGCGAAGAAGAACAAGUGCGCCUCACGCAGGAACAGAAUCGGGCGGGGCGAACGAAUGCCCUCUCAUCGUCAUGGGAGACGGAACUCAGCGCGGCGCUCGAGACGGCCGGCACGAAUGGCGAAGGCGGCCUUUUGCCUUCGGCGGCGACCCUCAAGGCGAGAUUAAGCGCCGUGUCAGCAAGACGGGACGUUACGCGCAAGAUGGCGGGUGCGCUCAAGGGGAGGAGCAAGGACCUCGAGGUCAAGUACCGGCGCGUGGUGGCCAUGUGUACGGGGGAGCCCGAGGACCAGGUCGAUGCUGUCGUUGAUGGUCUGUUGAGGGCGGUGGAGAGCGAAAAGGGCGAGUUGGAAGUUGAGCGUGUGAGGCGGUUCCUCGGCGGCGUCGAGGGUGUGGUGCACUAA